UACUUUGUGACCAAAAUAUUUCACCCAAACGUCUCGAGAAAUGGCGAAAUUUGUGUCAAUACACUGAAAAAGGAUUGGAAAUCCGAUUUAGGGAUAAAACAUAUUCUUUUGACCAUCAAAUGUCUACUAAUUGUUCCGAACCCGGAGUCUGCGCUCAACUCAGAGGCCGGGAAAAUGCUAUUAGAGCAUUACGACGAUUACUGCAAAAGAGCUCAAAUGAUGACCGAAAUUCACGCCUCAAAGCAGUCGAAGGACUGCUUCGACACCGACACCAACGCCUGUUGCAGUAAAUCUGAUUCCGUGCGACGAUUGGGUGAUAACGGGUCGGACGAGACCUCUUCGGGACCUAUACUCAAAAGACACGCCAACGACAAGAGUGUCACUAAACCUAUUGCAACAACACUAACGCAAAAGAAGUCUAACAUUAAAGAUAAGAAGCGAACUCUAAAGCGAUUGUAGUCUUAAGUCUUGAAAUCUUUUU